CGCGGCGGCGGGCUAGUUCCCUCACAUUCAGUCAGUCAGUCGUGUUCACGGCGUCAUUCGGAACGUACGCGCGGCAAUUCUUUGAACCGGCCGGCUCACGAAUAAUGUUUCAGUGUUUGACAAACUCAAUCGGAGGUCCUGGAAGUAGCAUAUUUAAUAAUUUACACUGUCUAACCAAACGCAUAUUCUUAGUGAGUGUUACGCAGUGUGUACGGAAAAAACUUUGUCGAAGAUUCUGAAGAAUCUUGUGUAAAAUUGUGUAAUCCGCCGGCUGCGGUCGGAUUGCUUUUUGCACAAACUUUUCGACGGUGUGCGUAGCUCCUAACGCGCGCAUCGUUUCCUGUGAUAAGAGGCUCCUGUGAUAUCGACAAGUUGUCUUAGCUUUAAAACUAGUUAGUCUUAGAUAUUAAAUUUAAAAUGGCCGCAUUAAUCGAGCCACCAUCCCUUCAGUUCGACAUAUGGGAUCAAAUGGAUUCCGCAACAAUGGAAUUGGCCCUAACUUCCGAGUUUUGGUCACAAGUGCAGACUGAAGUAGAUACAUUGGAUAUAUUACCACCUCCCGACAUGCCAGAUAUUACACCCACUGAGAUUGACAGAGAUUGGAGUAUAAUUGAUAUAUUAGAAGAACCUGCGAAGGAAAACAUAGUUCAUCAUGAUUGCAUGUGGGCUGGUUUGUGCGACGACUCCGUACAUCCUGGAAACACGUUUGUGCCAACUGAACACAUAACUGCUUCACCUGGACAGAGUCUCCUUCGAAACAGCACGCAGUCACCGCCAAGACCUGAAACGCCACCUUCCUUGGACGGCGAUGAACAUCCACCAUUUCGACACGCAGUAGACGUAGCCGUUACCGCCCGAAAACUGCUGAGAGAUGUGGUCGCAGAUCAUUCUUACACAUUGGCCAGACAAAAUUGCGACGGCCUCGGCGUUCAGACGCCUUCCGAUUCUUGCGAGUCAUCAGAGGAGGAAAUCGACGUUGUCUCCCUUGAAGCAUGUCAGCAGACUCUUGGUGCGCCUCAACAUAUGCGCUCUAACAGCUUGCCGCGUGCCCCAUCAGCUCAGGAACGCCAAAUGUUCCAGCGCACGGUGGCAAGUGCCAUCACAACGAGGUCUCGUCCGGUGGCCCGUAAGCGCCUCGUACCACCAACAAACAUCGCCACUGGCGGCGUUCGAAAACGCAGGGGCCCAGGCAGGCGCGGGCGCAAGUCUAACACUGACACCGAGUCUGAGGGCGACUGCCCCGAGACCGAACGCCGCUCCAUCCACAAUGACAUGGAGCGUCUCCGCCGCAUUGGCCUUAAAAAUCUCUUCGAUGAACUCAAGCAGCAGGUCCCCGCGACUAGGGACAAGGAGCGUGCCCCUAAAGUAGUGAUACUCCGUGAAGCCGCUGCCCUUUGCCGUAGAUUACGCGCGGAAGAACUCCAACGCUCGACGUUAAUGAAAGAACAAGUCAAACUCAUGGCUAAACUGAAAAAGUUGCGCGCGCAAUCAGCUCGUCACCGCUUGCAAUGAGCGUUAAGGGUCUCAACCACCACAUCGUGUGGUCUUGUGUAAAAGUGGAAAUUCCCUUAUAGACUUAGCAGUGACGUUAUAACUACCAAUAAUUCGGACUGCUCUGCGGAAUUGUAAAUUUUUGUACGUAACGAAGUUAAGAGUGAGGUCCUAUUGUUGUUGGGAAUUUGUUAUACUCGUAUCCGAAAGUCAGCUUUUACGGCUUACUCUGCUUCUGUAUACCGGGGUGACGUAGUUAAAAAGCAAUAACUGCGGCUUUAGUUUGCUCAAACGAUAUUUUGCAGUGCCAAAGUGAGCCAUAAAGCUGUUGUUAAAUAAAUCCUAGGUCUUCAGUAAAAUAUCUUUAUUAUUACAGACUGCUUCGUGAACUAGUAGACUGGUUAUACCUCGUAAAGUGUUUUAUGAAUUUAUCAUUAAAUUAUACACAGUUGACAUAACGCAUUACAGAUUUACUCCGUGUUGACUAAUCGAAAAAUAUGACAUAUGUUGAUGUAUUAUUUCGAAUCGAUAAAAAAAACAAGAUCUUUUACUGGACCUUUUUACUAGUGUAUUUUGUAUUUCAAGUCAGGUUUUUAGUUGGAGAUGGUAAGAGUUGGCGACCUUUGGGUCAGGAGAUGAUUGGCCUAUAUAUGUUUUCGGCCCGAUGACUGUAGAAUAUGAAAAGUAGUGAUAUUUGCGAUGUUACUUUUAAUUAUAAUUAUUACAUUAAGUUAGGUCUGAAUGCUUUGGUACCUAGAUAUUUUGUUAUUUUGUAAAUUUUAACACGUUUAAUGUUUCUUUUUUUACAUUUUAGUCACGCGAUUAACUCUAAAUGGAAUUGUUCUUAUAAUGGACCACUUAAUUGUAUGCACCGGCCUUUUUUACAUGAAUUAUCUCAUAUAACAUUGACUAAUAAGUAACUUUUAAUAAGUAUCACCUACCCGUCUUAGAUACGCUCGAUUCCCAUUACAUUUAACUUGGUUCACUCGCUUUGCUAUUUAAUUAUUGGUUAUGUAAUAGAUCAUUAUCUUAAAUUUAGAAAUCUUAAAAAAAAUAUAGUUCAUUUACAUUCACGAAGAUCAAGCGGGUAGAGUUCCCAUUUCAUAUUGUAUUAUGGCUAUAUAGAUUAUUAAAAUCGACAUAUAUAUGUAUAGCGAUUGGUUUGCGAGAUUUGGAAUUAGCUAAUCAGUUACUUUAGUGGUACAUAUAAUUUAUAUGUAAAAUAAAACCGAAAAAUAUUAUAGUCCAAAUGACAUGCAUACUUACUGUGAAAGAUAAAAUCUCAGAGACAAUUUUGUUAAACAAUUAUGAAAUAGACUGUGUAUUUUGAUAUAACAUCAAAAUCUAUAAAUCCGCUUAAGUCCAUGGACUUGAAAAAAAUAACCAAGUAAUAGUUCCUCAUAGUACCUACCUAUAGAAAAUUUGCAUUUUUUUUUCUUUAUUAUAUAUUUUUAUCGGAGUAAGUUAGUCAUAUACUCGCGAUCGAUGCGCAAACCUGGGCAGAAUCAUAAAAACUAAUUUAGAAAGUUGUAAGAAAUUGUUGGAAUUUAAGAUGAUAUAUCGUAUAGUCGAUUAGAAGUUUUUUUUGUUUUUUUUUUCUUUUUUAUGUCUCGACAACGGGAUUUGUUAUACCGUUAUGGAAGGGUGAGAUUUACAGGGAUCAACAUGUCGGGUUUGGAUAGAAACAAGAGUGAUAUUUAAGUAACUUACGAUUAAUUAUACAGUGAAUGUAUAAUUGAUGAGAUGGGUAUUUUUCCUGUUUUUAAAUGCAUUCUUGACGCGGUCAAAAGAAAUUUUCCUCUAUUUUAUUCCGCUUAUCUGUUUUUUUUUUACAUAUAAAUAGAAAUAAGCCGCCUCUAAUAAUUUAAAGUUACAGAUAGGCGGAAUACCGCAUAGUCUAAUUGGUCUUUUAAUAACGACCAGCAAAGAGGUGUUAAUGAUCUGGUGUUCUUGCCAAAUCUGACAGUGUAACCCGACCAAAUCCUAUCAUCUGUUUUGUAUAUAUAGUUUUUUAUCUGUCCAGGUAAACAUAAGGUUGAUGUUUUAUCAAGCACAUGGUCGGUAGAAAUCAUGGCUUUUAUUGCGUGCGGAAUGUGCCUUGCUGUGUAUAUAUAAUUAUUUAGGUGUAUCUCGAAUUAGUUGCAAGAAAUAUUUUUUUGUGAAAAAUAUUAAUAAGUUAGGCGAUUGUUUGUUAGUAAUAGUGGUUACACGAGAUAUUUAUAGAUAUCGUGUUAAAGAUUGUCAGUUUUAUCUUCCACUAGUGUAAAAUGUACAUAAUAGGGUAUAGUUUUUACACAUACGCCUGCAUAUUAUUUGUAAACGAUAUUUACUUCUAGUAAUCGUUUAGGUUUUCUUUAACUGGAGAGUUUUCUCGAAUGUUGUACCUGCAUUUAUUUUUUUUUGUUAAUCUUAACUUGACAUAAAUAAAUAAUUUAGUUAUUGGACAGCCAAAUUGCCAUGGCGAUAGCCAGUGGCACCUUAAAUUAAAGACAGUUCAGUCAUUACAGGAUUAUUAUAGGAUAUCGACAGCUUUACGAAGUAGUAAGCCGAUCGAGUUUAAAUUAGCAAGAAAUUAUUGUUGACAAGGCACAUUUCCACAACUGCCCAGAUGGUAUAAUUUUACAUAAUGUGUACAUUCUAUAAGUAAGCUACGAAUCGUAUAAGUCACGUUAUUAGUUUUUAUCUUGUACUUUUUAUAUUGCCUAGUAUCCGAGCCGAACGAACUUCAGGCCACUGGGCAGUAGUGCCAACCUUAGCUAGAAAGUCAAGUGUGAUUAUUCGGUUGGUAUUACUGCUGGCAGGGCCGGCAUGCAAACGCUACAGAGAAUGCACGGCGCAAAGAAAUUCCGCCUAUUAUUAAUGAUGCACUAUGCAAUCUUUGAAGCGGGGCUCCGAGUACUUACCAUCAUAUAUCGGAUACUAGUAUAUUAUUGUGAAAAGAUUUUUGGUUUUUGUUCCUUAAUUACGUGUAAUAUCGAAAGCAUUAAGGUUAAUUCUAUUAUGUAAUAAAUUAGUCGUAGUAAGGCGAAGAAUAGAAACGUUGAUGUGAUUUUUAUACUGUUUCGGUGUAAAUGGGGGUUGACUUUUGUUCAGAUUCUGUGAUUUAUGUACCUGCGGUACUGUGGGGUGAUGUUUCGAAAGCUUUGUCUUACUCGGCUUGAAAAAAAGGAGUUCUUUUAAUCGA